AUGGCCGCCGCGGCGCAGCAGCAGCAGCAGCAGCAGCUGCAGCCGCAGCCGCGCAGCAGCGCCCUCGGCGACCUGCGCUUCUACGAACGCAAGUUCCCCGAAGCCGAAGAACUCGUGAUGGUGAAGGUCCAGCGCAUCGCCGAAAUGGGCGCCUACGUGUCGCUCCUCGAGUACAACAACGUCGAAGGCAUGAUUCUCCUCAGCGAGCUCAGCAAGCGGCGCUUCCGCAGCGUCACGAAGCUGGUCAAGGUGGGCCGCCUCGAGGCCGUGAUGGUGCUGCGCGUCGACGCCGUCAAGGGCUACAUCGACCUCAGCAAGAGCAGGGUGUCGCCGGAAGACAUUGUGAAGUGCGAGGAGAGGUACUCGAAGGGCAAGAAGGUUCACCAGACGGUGCGCCACGUCGCGCUGAAGCACAACUUGGGAGUUGAUGAGUUGAACGCCAAAGUCAUCUGGCCGCUCUACAAGAAAUACGGACACGCCCUCGACGCCCUCAAGGCUGCAGCGCUGGACCCCGAAGAAGUCUUCGGGGGUUUGGACGUUUCCGAAGAAGUCAAAAAGUCUCUUAUCCAGGACAUCCAGCUGCGCCUCGCCCCUCAGGCCCUCAAACUCAGAGCUCGAAUUGACGUUUGGUGCUUCGGAAAAGACGGAAUUGACGCCGUGAAAAAAGCGCUGUUGGCGGCGAAGGAAAAAGCUGCCGAGACACCCGAAAAAGCUGCCGAGACACCCGAAAAAGCUGCCGAGACACCGGAAAAAGCUGCCGAGACACCCGAACGAGCUGUCGAUACACCCCAAACGCAAGACAUUGCUGUCAAACUUAUUGCUCCUCCACAAUAUGUUGUUGUCACUUCUUCUUUCGACAAGGAAUCCGGAAUGCAGAAGAUCCAACAGGCAAUUAGCCGCAUUAGUCAAACCAUCAAAAGCUACAGAGGCGGAGACUUCAAACAACAAGGAGAAAUAAUGGUGUUGGGGUCCGAAGAAGACCGGAGACUGGAGGAGCUUUUGUUGGAAGUUUCGGAGUCGGAAGAAGAAGAAGAAGAAGAAGAGGAAGAAGAGGACGAGGGCAUGGGCCGCGUGCAGGCGGGGGUGCCUGAGGACGAGGUCGAGGAGAACGCGCAGGAGGAGUGA